UCCAGCGAUCUCGAGCUUCAUUAUAGUAGACCUACAGCGAUGAAUUCAAGAAGUCAGUACAAUUCUUUGUUAGCUAUUGCAUCAUCAAAUGACCGGAAACAACAAAUAUGUCUUGAAGAACUUGAAAAGACAAAGACUCUUCGAGAAGCAGAUAAUAGAAUAAAGGAAUCUCAAAACUGUGAAAAAGAACGGAAAGAAAGGGCACAAAGGAUAUAUGAAUGUGGAUUAGAUAAAAAGAAAAGAAAUGAGGAGAAUUCGUUAUCGAAUUCAUUAAAAAUGAAAAAUGAAUCACAAGGAAUUGAAAAAGAUUCCAUUAAAAAAAGAAGUAGAUCUAUAUCAUUUAAGGAAUUUAUUUCGCAAACGUCUAAUAUGAAUCCUGAAAUCUUAAAAAUGAAUUUAAUUGCUAAAAUAAAUUCAAAAACAAAUGUUAAUUCUCCUUUGAGUUCAACAACCAAUAAAAAAGAUGAAUCAGAUUCUAAAUUUUUGGUAAAAUCAGGCGCUAAUUUUCUUUUGAAGCACGAAACAAGCUCAAAACCUUUUCAAACACAUAAACAGCCAGUAUCGUUUACGAAAGUACCUUUAGUAAAAAAAAAUGAUUCAUUGUCAAAUUAUAAGGGCUCUUCUUCAUUAUCAUCUAAAUUUUCUAUAAACAAAGGAAAAAAGAAUCAUUUUUCAACUCCUAUACGAUCUAAGAAUCUUACAAAAUCAAAAAUUAUAACAGAAUUCCAUCCUAAUGAUUUAAUUCUUCUUCAUACAGGACCUAAGCGUGAUUCUCGGACAAUUGAAGAAAUUCAAAAUAGCAUAUGGAGAAAAAAGGGCAAGAAUUUUCCUUUUCUUUAUAAAGAUACAUCGGAAACAAAUAAAAAUACACCAGAAACGAAUAAUUCAAGUAAAAUUCCAUCUAAUAAUUGUGUAUCCGGGAAUAUUUCAUCUCAAAAUUCCUUUUCUGAUUAUAAAAAAGCUAAGCUAGAUUCAUCAGAGAAAAACAAAACAUUAGAUUACAACAUAUCAUCUGAAAUAUGGAAAAUUUUUGGUAAAAGAAAAGAAGAUUAUAUUUCAAAUAAUUACGAUUCUGAUUCUGAUAUGGAGACAAAUGCAGCUCAAUUACAAAAAGAAGAAGAAUUUUCUUCAAGAAUAGGUAAAAUUGAAGAUAAAGAAGAAGAAAGAAAAGAAAUUGAACGAAAAAUUAAAAAAAAAAGAAAAUUCAAUAUUUCAUAA